AUGCCCUCGUUUUCUGACAGUUUCUGGACAGACGACUUGUCGGCAGGUAUUGAGAGGCUUUUCGAAGAACUUCACAAGGGCUGCAAUCAGAAUGUGUUGUUCAUACAGCUGUUCGCAUCUAGAAUGCAGUUUGAGGUUAAUUAUGGGCGUCAACUAUGCAAGACUACGUCCAGCGUUGAGGGACUCUCGGCUACGACAGGAUCGCUUUUCUCGCUUGAUAUUGCCCUGAAUCAUGUCGCUGAUGCAAUGGAGGAAGAGGGUAGAGCUCAUAUUUCUGCAGCAGCCGACAUCGAAACUACAGUUCUCCGACCUUUUAGCGCGUGGUGCGAUGACCAUGAGCAAAGAGUUAGUUACUCUGAGAAAAUUCUCAAGACCAAUGUCUCGAACUACCAAAAGUCUAAGAAAUAUGUCGAGAAAUUGGAACAGGCGUACUUCAAUAGAUGCAGACAGCUCGAAGAUUACAAAAGGGCAAAUUAUAAUGACGAAGAGCUCGCAAACGCCAUGAAGCAGCUAGAAAUAUACCAGGAACAAGAGCAUAGUUUGGCCAAAGAGCGUGAAUACGAAAAAUUUGGUAAGUUUGGAAACAUAGACUUUGAUGUGCGCACUAUGCGAGAAACGGUCCGACUUCUGCUCACGAAGUUAGAAAAGUCAGAUUACAAAGUGCCUUUCAUUAACUAUCACUUCUAUAAUACCAACAACGGAAGUGAGAUUGUCAAGUUUCUCAUGGAAAACCUCACACUGAAAGACGUUGACCAAGCCGAAGCCUUUGGCCAAGAUCUUUUAAACGGCGGCUUCCUUAAGUAUUGUAAUGGUAUGGGCACAACUUUUGUAAACUCAAAGAAGUUCCAGUACAGCUGGAAACCUUACGCUUACAAAUUUGCACAGCUGUCGCAGCCCAACGCUAACGAGGUUGAAGACGAAAACACCGAAGAAAGUUCGCAAGCAUUCUCAGACUAUUUCACAGACCUAACCACGAUCAUAACCCAAAAUCAGAACGCUGGCUCCAAGAAUUCGAAUCUUCCCACUGUUUCAAACACCGAGCGAGCUCUCUUUAAACUAAUUAAGGAAAUGGAGGCUGCAGACUUAAAGUACAGAAAAGAAUGCAAAAAGAUAGAUUCUUUGCGCUGCUCUUUGGAGGAGCUUAUAGUCGACCAUUUUACAUUCAUGGAAAAGUGCGAACUUGAUAGGUUGAAAGCAUUGGAGAAGGUGGUCCUAGAUUUCUCCCCUAUCAUAUCCAAGAAUGCCUCAGCGGUUGAGAGUUUCCAGGAGAGUGUGCUCAAAGCUGCAUCAACAGUUGACCCAACAUUAGACCUGAUGAGGCUGGUUGAAAAUGCCAGAACAGGAUUUUUUCAACCACGAGUAAUUCCAUAUAACAACUACUACAAUCCAGGUGGGUAUCAGAACUUUGGAAUAGACCUGGAGACGCGAUGCCGUCUGGAUAAAAAAAUCGUACCUCUGAUCGUAUCUUCAAUCUUGUCCUAUAUGGACCAAGUGUACCCUGAGUUACCUAAUGACAAUGUUAGAACAACCGUGUGGACUGUCCCGGUCAAGCUACAUUCUACUCAUAUAUUGAGAGCAGUGCUGAACCAGAAGCCCUUCAAGGACGAAUCCGAGGUAUUUGAAAAAUUGAAAGAGUUUAAUGAAGAGCCAAGCACGAUUGCGAGUGCCCUCAAAAUCUAUUUAUUAGAACUCCCCGAGCCACUAAUCUCUAACGAUGUUUAUGACACGCUAAAAGCGUUAUACGCCGAAUUUCCGCCAUCUGAACUAGAAGACGAGUCGCAGGCCUCUGUGGAUUCACAAAGAGUGAGUGGGAUAUCAAGUGCUUUCAACGCGCUUUCCAAGCCCCAAAUUGCCACCUUGGAUGCAAUAACAUCACAUUUCUCUAGGCUAAUCAAAAUUCUAAAAAUGGGCUCUUCAGAAACUAGUGAAGCGUUGGCGAAUGAGUUUAUCCGCUCAAUUUCGGAGGAAUUCGCCAACUGCAUUAUAGAAGUCAAACUGCCUGACGGCAACGACCUAGGUUACAAGAUAUUUUCAGAUUUGCUCUUGUACAGAAAGCCCAUAUUCCGCGGCUUAAAGAGGCAGAAUUCUAAAAUUCGUGACCCCACUAGUAGCACCUCGUCUCCCCGGAGCCAAGCACAUCAAGGAGACAAUUUUGGAACCAUCAGUCAUUAA